AUGCGAUUUCUGUCGCUCUUAGUACCGCUUCUGGUCUUCGGGGUUCAGCAUGCAUUUGGUUCGCCUGGACUCACUGUGCCACCUCCACCUCAGCGGCCAAGUGACGAUCCUUUCUACCAGCCAGAUGGCGACUCUUGGAAAGAUGAGAAACCUGGGACGAUUUUGAAAGUCCGCAAUGUCACCAUCAGCUCAUUGCUCCCAUACGCUCCCAGCAAGGCAAAAGCAUAUCAGUUACUGUAUCGCACACAGAAUGUGCACGGCAAACCGGAUGCUUCAGUCACAACCAUUCUUGUUCCUGUUUAUCCCAACUUCAAGAGAGUGCUCUCUGUCCAGAACGCAUACGACUCCGCCGACGUCAAUUGCGGUCCCUCGUACGGGCUCCAAUUUCGAGCUAAUGGCUGGGGCGCCAGCUGGAACAGGAUGAACCUGGCCUUCUUAUUCCGCUACCUUCGCCGAGGUCCUAUAAUGAAUAUCCCUGAUUACGAGGGCUCAAAUGCAACAUUUACGGUGGGACCGACGAGCGCCUUCCAGACUUUGGAUUCAAUCCGCGCAGCUUUGAAGUCCAUAGAGCACCCCGAUAUCAGCCCUUCUGAAAAGAUCAGCCCCGAUGCGAAAUUCAUCAUGUUCGGCUACUCUGGUGGCGCCUUUGCCACGGAAUGGGCUACUGAGAAACGUGCAUGGUAUGCGCCAGAAUUGCCCAUCAUCGGUGCUGUUAUGGGUGCCCCUCCCCCUAAUGUUGUUAACACUUACCAUAAUGCCAACAAUGGUAAUAUGUCUGAGCUGAACGUCGCGGCUCUGCUCGGGGUGAUGAAUGCCUACCCUAAGAUAGACGAAUAUUUACGUGAUGACCUCUUCGAUGAGAAGAGAGAGUUAUUUCUCUCUCCCCUCACAAAAUGUUAUAGGCCUUGUGAAAUCAACUCAGAGGAACUGGUCGGUGUCAAUGUCUCAUCCUUCUUCAAAAACGGCGAUUCUUUCUUGGAAAAAUUCAAGACUACACUGGACGAGAUUGGUGUGAUGGGAGGAAACAUUACAUGGAAAAAUAGGCCGCGGUAUCCGUUCCUGAUCUUCAAUGGCGCUGAGGACGAAAUCACGAAGCCUAUUAAGGACACAAAAGACCUGGUGUCCAAGUGGAGGUUGAAAACCUUGACGCGGGUGAAACACAUUACGCUGGCGCGUGCAGACCAUACCACUGGCUUGGUAGGGCUGCCAUUAGCCUGGCUGUGGAUUGACAAUAGAUUCCAGAGGGUUGAAAACAAGAGGCCCGUCGAAGGGGAUCCUGAUGAUGAUGGUGACGACACCAUCGAUGACCCGGAGGAGGAGAUGAGUCGUAUCGAGGCCCAGCUGAACCUAAAGCUUAACCAGGAGUUGUGA